CCGUGCGUGUGACGUCAUCGUCCUUAGUAACCCUCCGCGGCUGGCGUCUCUACGACACAAGACAACAAGAUGGGAUUGCUGUCAAUCCUCCGCAAACUGAAGAGCACACCGGACCAGGAGGUGCGGAUACUGCUGCUGGGGCUGGACAACGGUGGCAAGACCACACUGCUCAAGCAGCUGGCCUCCGAGGACAUCAGCCACAUCACCCCAACUCAGGGAUUCAACAUCAAGAGUGUCCAGUCUCAGGGUUUCAAGCUGAACGUUUGGGACAUCGGAGGCCAGAGGAAGAUCAGACCGUAUUGGAGGAACUAUUUUGAAAACACUGACGUGCUCAUUUAUGUGAUUGACAGCGCUGACAGGAAGAGGUUUGAGGAGACGGGUCAGGAGCUGGCCGAGUUAUUGGACGAGCAGAAGCUGAGCGGCGUCCCCGUGCUCAUCUUCGCCAACAAACAAGACCUGCUGACGGCCGCCCCGGCCUCCGAGAUCGCCGAGGGCCUCAACCUUCACACCAUCCGCGACCGCAUCUGGCAGAUCCAGUCCUGCUCCGCCCUCACCAGCGAAGGCAUCCAGGAGGGCAUGAACUGGGUGUGCAAGAGCGUCAACUCCAAGAAAAAAUAGCAUUUUUUUUGUGUAGUCUUUUCCUCAGGAGGAACCGCAGCAGCACACGAGAACGUAGACGCACACACACACUCGCGCCUUAACAGCGGGAUACACUUGUGAAUGUACACACACACGCACACACACUACUAAUCCAACAUGGAGUUUUUAAGCUAACAGCUGCUGGUGUUUUGAAGCUUUUUCAUCAUGGACCUCCUAACAUACCAGCAGCUUGUCUCGCAAACAUCCCUCAUGUAGGGAGGUUCAUUUGUGUCUACAUUACCAAAGCUUUUUUUGGACGCUAAAAUUAUAUAGCUGAAUUAAAAAAAAUAAAAAAAAUUUUACAUUAAAUGUAUUCCUUUUUUUAGCAAAAUUUGCGUGUUUAAAAAUGUUGGUAAAAAAAAUGGAGUGUAGAAAAAUUCAGUGCAGAAAAAUGUGUCGCUUCAAAUAUACCGUAUUUUUCAGAUUAUAAAUCGCUCCGGCCGAAAAUGCAUAAUAAAGAAGGAAAAAACCAUAAAGCAAAUUUUUCGGACUAUAAUUCGGAGUUUUUUUCAUAGUUUGGCCGGGGGUGCGACUUAUACUCAGGAGCGACUUAUGUGUGAAAUUAUUAACACAUCAGCGUAAAAUAUCAAAUAAUAUUAUUUAUCUCAUUCACGUAAGGGACUAGACGUAUAAG